UCAGCAGCCAGUCAGCUGUUGCCUGCUGUCGGAAAUUGAAAAACAUUUGAAUAAAAUUGAAUUUAGUUACCAUUUCUAACAGAAGUCUGUUAUUUGUUAAGUCUAAUGGAUUCGAAUUUACGUAAUUUGAAAGAUUUCCUCACAUUAUACAACAAAGUGACGGAAUUGUGCUUCAAUCGCUGUGUGGACAAUCUCAGUCAACGCGAACUGUUCGAUCAGGAGAGAACCUGCGUGGACCGAUGUGUGACCAAAUUUGCGCGCUUUAAUCAAAAUAUGAUGAAAUCCUAUGUUGAUGUGCAAACCAAAAUCAAUGCAAAACGCAUGGAAGAAGCGGAACAAUUGGCCAAAAAACUGGAGCAACAGCAGCAGGAAGAUCUGAUUAAGGAGCAGCUGAAAGAGAAAGAAGUGGCUGUAUUAAUGCCAAGUGGCACAACGGAGAAAUUGGCAAUGUAGCCAAUGCAGAAGGAUUGCAAUGCAAUGCCACAGCUUUUAUUUUCAAUACUAGAUAGUUAACUACCAAAAAA